AUGGAGGGUAAGGGUGGAGCUGCUUACUUUAUGAGUGAGAUGGGCAGGCCAGGGACUAUUGGGGAGCCCUCUUUGGCAAAGGCUGCAGCAGCUGAGACUACUGACAAACCGGACUCUCUUCCAAAGAAGUCAUAUUCUAAGGUGGUGGGAGGAGCAUUUCCUAAUGUGGAUGAAUUGCCUGAUCCAAUACAUGCUGGAAACCUUACAAAGAUUGUGAUUCUGCAAGAUGCAUAUGAGGAGAGGCUGCUGCGUUAUCGCUUUGCCCUUGUGGCCAAAAUUAAUUUUUGGUAUAUUUCUUUAGACACCGUAAGGAAGGAAGUUGUGGAAGCCUGGAAGCUUAAGGAUAGGGUCUAUAUUUCUCCAAUGGGAUUGGAUUAUGCACUUUUUCAAUUUGAGUUUGAGAAGGACAUGACAAAUAUGUGGAAGAGAAGUCCUAUUAGGAUUGGUGGGCAGUAUAUACGGUUCCAGCGUUGGAAGCCAGGUUUUAACAUCCAUGAGAGGAAUGUAGUUACCAAGUUAGUCUGGAUUCAUUUUCCAGAGUUGCCGUUUGAAUAUUGGCAUGAAAAAAUCCUAUUAUCCAUGGCAAAAGCUGUGGGGCGACCUCUGGACAUUGACAAGCGAAUGAGGAAUGCCUCCAUAGGGAAUUAUGCUAAAAUCCUAGUGGAGAUGGAGCACUCUGAGGAAAUCCAAGUGGAGAGGCAGCAACCUAGAACUGGCGAAUUAUAUUGGCUCAAGCAAACGAUCACCUAUGAAGAUGAGAUGGGGCAGUGUGGUUUUUUGUAA